GGACAUGAUGCAGAGAAAGUACAGGUUGGGAGAUGGCUUGCUGACCAUGGCAGACUUGGAGGCCAUGAACAAAGACGACUUCUCCACGAUUGGGGCAUUUGUGCACGAGUUUAAAAGGAAGGCGAGGAAGGUGCACGGGAUCUCCGAAGAAAUGCAGUGUGCCAUAUUCUUAGGUCUGCUUACUGGCUUGGAGGCCUCGGAGAUGACAGGUCACAGAGGGGGGAAUGAGAAACUCACUUGGGCCACUAUCGACAAAGGGGUGGAAGAGGGGAGCCUGGACCAGGUGGAGCAGCACCAGGUGCGGCCGCAAAGGCGCAAGAGAAAGGAAAGGGACGCCACAACAUCCGGGACCCCGGGGGUGAAGAGGAUCGUCAUGGACGUAUUGGCAGCGCUGGGGUAUGACAAUGAGGCGGAAGUGCAAAAGAGGGGGGUGGCCGUGGCCCAAGGCCCGACAUCAGGGGCAGUGGAGGAAGAGGCUAGGCGCGAGGACUAUGACGGAGAAGAGACGGGUUCCCAGAUCCUGACCAAGGCCCAGAGGAAGCAGCGAAAUUUACAAGUGGGGGGUCAAGGAUCAAGAAAAGGGCAGGCCCCGCAAGCGGUGGCCUCGCCACCCCCUGCCGCCACGACAACGUCAGCGACGGCCGGGCCGUCAUGCAUGGGGCCGCCGCCGGCUUGUGGGCAUUGGAUGCCGCAUUGUCAGCACGCACCCUGGCCCAGCUGUAAUCACUGUACCUCCUGUGGAGGGAGCCAGACCCAUUCCGGGCAGAUGGUCCCCUAUGCGGGCCCGACGGCAAGUAUGGGGCCCCCAAGCUACCCCGUGAACCAAGGUCAGUUUGUGGCCCAACCGCCACCCUCUCAACAGGCCUCGCAAGCUAGCGUGGUCGGGGGAGGAAACCAAGGACAAGGCGGGCAAGGCAAUGGAGGCCGAGGUCAAGGGGGUCGGGGAGGUGGCGCACGAGGCCGAGGAGGAAAUGGUGGGGAUCGCGGGGAUGGUUGGAAUGGGCAAGGGGGUCAGAACCUAGGUGGCCGAGGUGGCCAGGAGGGGGGCCAAGGAUAUGGGAGGCCCUGCUUUGAUUGGCGAAACGCCACCUGCUGGCAUUGUGGCGAAGUGAACCACACUAUACGGUUCUGCCAACGACGGCGAGACGAUGAGUUGGCAGGGUUGAUUUCCUCUUGCAUGGACGGGGACAUAUAUGAUAAGUGGGGGGAGCAUAUUGACCCUAGGACCCCGGGAGGAAUUAGGCAAGAGGCACUUAGGCGAGCGGCGGCAGGGCCAUCGGCACCCCCGACCAUGUUCAGGAUGUGGCAGGAAAGAGAGGAGCCGGCCAUAAGAGUUGAGGAGAUUGCGGCUCGGACCAGGAGCCAAAAUAAGGUCGGACCCAGCCAAGAACCCAGUCAGGCGCCAGGUCAAGCACCCCCUCGGAAGGAGCCUGAGCCAGGACGUAGGAAGGAGGUGGUGGAGGUCACGGAGAAAGAGGAUGAGGAUGAUGACGAAGAGGAUGAGAGGCUCCAGCAAGAGGAGGAUCAGCGGGCGGAGCUGAGGGCCAAAAAGAGAGGAGCCCGGGAGGAGGCCGAGCCAAGCGUGCCUAAGCGGAAGAAAUACGCGGUCCGGAUGGAGGAAGACUUUGAUGUGGAGCGGAUGGUGGACGAGCUCCUGGAAGGCCACAAUGACUUGAUGAACCUAAAAGACAUCCUGGCGUCGGCGCCAAGGCUCCGUGGUGAGUUGAAGGGGCGACUCUCGCGAAGGCUGGUGCCAAAUGUCCAUCUGAGUACAGUCCUGCCCAGGAAGGUGGAGUGGACUGAGGCGGGGACAAGGAUGGAUUGGAAAUGUGUGGCGUGCGGGCAGGUGGAUCUAGUGAUAAAGAACCAGAAAUGGACUGGGAUGGUGGACAUGGGCGCAGAGAUGAACAUCAUCAGGGAGAAGGAGGCAGUGAUGAUAGGCAUGGAGAUCGACCGCUCGGACCAUGGCAUGCUGCACGACGCUAAUUGCAAGGCCGCUGUCGGCCCGAAUACCCUUACAAGGGUAUUUGGGCACAUUUUUGCAGCUUACAAGAAGAGCGUGCCUGGCGAUAUCUGCGGGCGCGUCCCAUCUGUGUUGAUUAGAGGGUAUGUGAGCGUGCACUUUGUAGGCGCACGUUAGCUUGACCGAGUCUGGGUCGAGGGGGGCCGUGCGACACCGGUAGGACAAGUGAGUGUUACACUAGA